AUGCCUGCAAAGCAAGCACUCUCCGACGAUGGUUCCAUUGACUCCCAACUGGAGUGGGAAUUGGAGGAGGGAAUUCCGCAAGUCGAUGACCCAUUCAUUGAGAAGUACAUGGCUGGCCGACAGGCGUUGAUUGAGCAAGAAAAGAAGCAGCGUCAUGAUCGUGCCUUCAAGCAAUCAAUGUCUCCUAUGGCCAAGCAGGCCGCAAAGAUCAUGGCAUCUAUCCGUCGUCGGGAGUUGAAAUCCGUGUGGACGUCUGACUUUGAGGAAAGCCUGGCCGAGAAGAAUGGCGGCAACUUGUAUCCUGGCAUGAUGUUCACGCUGGCAAGAGACCGCAUAGAAGGUACGGAACUUUGGAAAAUCAUAGAGAGAAUGCCAAAGGGCGCUUUGCUUCAUGCUCAUAUGGACGCGAUGAUCGAUAUUGAUUGGUUGAUUGACCAGGCCCUCGCCGAGCGGGCAUUUUGCAUCCUGGCACCGGAAGCUCUCAGUGACAAGGAGAAGAGAACGACGGGCCUUUUGCAGUUCAGAUACUAUCCGGAUGAGGAGAUCAAGAGGCAAAAGAGCCCCGGCAAUAUUUGGACCAGCAGUUACACGCCCAACACGCCGGUGCCUAUCAGAGAAGCGCAGCGGACAUUCCCGGAUGACGACCUGACAUUUAAGAAAUGGCUAACCGGCAGAUGCACUAUUACUGCUGAAGAGUCGCUGUGCCAUCACCAUGGUCUGGAUGCCAUUUGGAGAAAGUUCCAGAGUACCUUCAUGGUCAUUAGCUGGAUGCUCUUUUACGAACCUAUCUUCCGACGUGCCGUCCAACGACUACUUGGGCAGCUGGCAAACGAUGGAAUCAGCUAUGUUGAUUUCAGAGUGGCCUUCAAAUUCGAAUUUCGCCAGAAAGGCCAAACAAAUGGACAAGUCGGCAAAUUUGACAACUUCUUUACCGUGUUAGGCGAGGAGAUCGAGAAGUUCAAGCAGUCGCCAGCGGGAAAGAAUUUCACGGGAGCACGCAUGAUCUGGACCGUCAUCAGGAAGAUGGACAACCGCACCCUUGCAGACUCCAUGAAAGAGUGUAUCAGAAUGAAAAAGAAAUUCCCUCACCUGAUUUGCGGUUUCGAUUUUGUGGCACAGGAGGAUCAGGGCAGAACCCUGAAGGACCUCACUCCAUUGAUAUUCUGGUUUAGGAAGAAAUGCGCAGAAGGUGGCGUGGAUCUCCCGUUCUUCUUCCAUGCUGGUGAGUGCUUGGGCGACGGCGAUAGCACGGACAACAAUUUGUUUGAUGCUAUCCUGCUGGGGACUCGACGAAUUGGCCACGGAUACUCAUUGUACAAGCACCCGCUCCUGAUUGAUAUGGUCAAAGAUAAGAAGAUUCUGGUCGAAAGUUGCCCAAUAUCCAACGAAAUCUUGCGGCUGUCAAGCUCGAUCCUUUCGCACUCCCUGCCCGCACUUUUAUCAAGAGGAGUACCUGUGUCAUUGAACAAUGACGAUCCCGCCAUCUUGGGUCAUGGGAAGAACGGCUUGAGUCACGAUUUUUGGCAGGCUUACAUGGCGUUUGAGAAUCUGGGUCUUGAGGGUCUCGGGACCAUGGCCGAAAACUCCCUCAAAUGGUGUGCCGUCGAAGACCAAAAGUCUGCCGACUGGACAAAAACUAUCACCGAAGGUUAUCUGGGCAAAGGAACUAAAGCCAAAUUGCUUCGAGAGUGGCGAUCGGAGUGGGAAAGGUGGUGUCAAGGGAUCUGUCUCGAGUAUCCGCUUGAAGCGGAUGAUGAUGAUGAUGAAGAGGAUGACGAUGAGGACGAAGACGACUCUGAAGAGGAGGAAGAUGAGGACGACGAGGAUGAAGAUUGA